UGGAGAAGAGACGAUCCAGGAUACAGUCACAGUGUAGUAAUUGCCAAUUCACCUUUGAUGGCAAGAGCUGAAUGUCCGAGCGGUUAUUACGAAUGUACAAAUGGCAUUGGAUGCUGCCCAAAUGGUGCAGCUUGCAUACCUAAUAAUAAAUGCAAUAGGACUUGCAGCCCUAUUGAUCCGCCUUGCGGUGAUGGUUGUUGUAAA